AUGAUUGUUUUUAGACCGUUUGUGGGCGAGAUUCUCGUGGGAUGGGUAUCUUCUUGUACCGAGGAGGGCAUCAAUGUCAAGAUGGAGUUCUUCGACGAUAUUCAUAUUCCAAAGUCAUUGCUCUUUGAAGAGUGUUCAUUUGUUCCCAGAGAACAAGCUUGGUUGUGGAAGACUGAAGAAAGCGAAUUGUAUAUUGAUACCAACGAGAAAAUUCGAUUCAGAGUUGAGCAAGAGAUAUUCAGUAACCAACCACCAAAAAGACCAGGCGUUGAAGAAGAAGAACAGGUCCACAACCAAGUGCCACCUUAUUCUAUUAUUGGAUCCUGCCAAACUGACGGUAUGGGUCUUGUAUCCUGGUGGGAAUAG